AUGUCUCCGACCGAGACCAAAGCCAAGAUUCGCCCGCAACAGUCGUGCCUCAAAUGCCGCGAGCGCAAAGUCAAGUGCGACCGAAAUAUCCCCUGCGAGGCCUGUAUCCAGCGCGGCAUUGAAUCCGAAUGCACCUACCUCACCUCCCCCGAAGAUCGCGCGCACAUCAGCCAAGCCGAGAUCAUCGACCGCCUGCGCCGCGAAGUCGCUCAACUGCGCACGCAAUUGAACCAGAGCUCCGCGCGGGGUCCUAGCCCCGGUCGUCGCGACAAAGUCUAUGCGCGCAGGAAUAAGACCGCUGGGUUGCGCGGGAGCUAUACGGCUGCAUCUGGACCUGGAUCAUCUGGGUCUGGGUCUGGCUCGCGAUCUGCGACGGGCUCGGCGGAGCCUACGGAGGCGGGUAGUUGGGCUGGGUCAUCGCCGUCGUCUAUAUCUACGACUACGAGGACCAAUUCCGUGACUGUUACGAGCCCGGAUAGUACUGGUAGUGAUAAUGGUGCUGGUUAUGUCCAGCAGCAUGCGUAUCCGGGGUCAACGGCGCCAUACGGGGCGCAGAUUGCCGAGGUUGAUAUGGCGACGGCGACAGACAAUACGGCAUUGGGAAAUUAUCUCAAUGACGACACAAUGGCCCAAUAUCAUGCAGGCAACAUGCCAGCCUUUGCGCCUAAGCUCCCUGGAUCAAUCUCAAUGCAAGGUCUCCCAUCACAAGCAAUGCACCCCGCGCCCGACGAAGGACUCUCGGGGCUGCAUAUGUACGGCAACCGGAAUAGUCCAGGCUACGACCCGGGCCCUGCACAUGCACACGCGCAGUCUCACAUGGCCAGCUACAGUCAAGGCGGGAACUAUAACCAGAAUCUAUACGAUUACACCAACACGAAUACUUUCAAGCAUGACCCCUCUCCAACAUACCCCCAGCCCUGGAGUCAAGGGCAUUCCUUUCCACAAGCACAGUCACAAUCACAAACACCGUUACAACAUCAAUCACAUCAGUAUCCCGACUCGACAUACUACUCCUCAGCCAUGAAUACAUUUCCGCACAUAGAACCCACCAUACAUCCGCACCCGCACCCGCAUUCCCAUUCCUAUCAUACUACAAAUCCAACACAAACUUAUUCACCACCCACCCAUCCAACCGAAUACCAAACACACGCCAUAAACUCCAUCCCCGAUUCCUGGAAAGGACCCGAUAAACAAGCCCUCCUGGAAACACUCCUCGAAACAAUCACCAGUUGUGACGAGGAGCGAGUCGCCCAAGUCGUCGCUGUCGUGCGGACCAGCGAGACACCCGAAGAAGCUGUUUCGGGGAUCUGCCAGGUUUUAGGGAUUGGGGAUGGGGCUGGUUCUUCCCUUAUGAGGUGA